ACCGGAGCCGAAAACUAUCCAUCGAGACGGAAUGGAUGACUGUGUAGUAUAGCGUUCUCCGGCUAUGUGCGCUGACAGAAAGAACGCCUUAGGUUUUCCCUUCGUAUUCGUGGCUUAAACUCCAUGGUGGACCGGUGGAUAUUGGUGACAUAAGGAAAAAAAGUGGUGUUUUAUAUAUAUAAAUAAUAUAAACUUUAACAAAAAAUAAACUCCAGUAUGGAGAAGAACCGGACGGUUGGGGCAGGCGGGAGCCAUAACCCCUGUUCUCGGUUACUCGUGUGGAUUUUCGCAUGUUUUGGAAUUACUUUGCUCAGUUUGUUAAUUGCUUUUCUUGCAUGGACUAUGCUUUCAUACCACAGUGCAUUGCUGUCGCUUCAAACCCGCGUGGAAACGUUAGAAGAAGAAUGCACAAACUACAAACAACAUGUUGAUAAAUAUAUACAAAGCGAAUUGGAUGUACUUAUAACACAGCAUCUGAAGAAAUACCAGAAGCACCAGACUCCCAUAGUAAAGCGUGCCGCGGAAUGCCACUGUCCACCAGGAAAUCCAGGAAUGCCUGGUUUACCUGGAGAAAAAGGAAUUCACGGACAACAUGGUCCCAGGGGUCCAAAAGGAGAAAAUGGUUUUCCGGGUCCAAUUGGUCCACCUGGUAAAAGUGGUUUACCAGGUAUGCCAGGACAAAAGGGAGACCGAGGUGAAAAGGGUGAUUCAGGAGAGAAGGGAGUGAAAGGUGAUCCUGGCUUAGCAGGCUUUGAUGGUCUACCUGGAACAAAGGGUUUAAAAAGAUCUAUACGAGAUGGUGAAAUUAUAUCAUUAAAGGGUUCUGAUUAUGAAGUUAUAACAAUAAAGGGUGAACCAGGAGAGAAAGGUCCUGCAGGACCAUCUGGUCCACCAGGACCUCCAGGCUUACCCGGAUUUGAUGGUGUGGCUGGACCUCCAGGAAAUCCAGGUCCUCAAGGUCCUUUGGGACCACCAGGGAGACCAGGAAAGGAUGGUUUACCAGGAGAAUCAUAUCGUCAUUAUUCAAAGCGAGGAAGAACGUGCCGAAUGGAAGUCAAAAGGAAAAGCAGUCGCAGAACUAAGCGCAUUAGCACUGAUGAUAAGGAUUCAGGCAUCCCGGUUUUUAAUCUGGCUGAUUUCCUACAUGAUGGAGUGCAAAGCUCAUCAUCUUCAAACAAAUUUAUUCCUCUGGAUCGUUGUAAUGAAAUGUUGCAGGGCCCUCCAGGUCCACCAGGCCCCAUGGGAUCCGGAUCAGGAGGAAGUGGGAGUUGUUCAUGUGAAAAGGGAUCUAAAGGAGACAAGGGUUCACAGGGUAGAAGAGGGCGCAGAGGCAAAAAAGGGCCAAAGGGUGAAAAAGGCAACGAGGGUCUCCCCGGACUAGAUGCACCAUGUCCUCUAGGAAAGGAUGGUUUGCCAAUAGAGGGUUGUGGCUAUAGGCCGACCUCUCGUCAGCAGGACGUGAGGCAGUUGCCAUUUGAAGGAGGCAGACGUCCAUAGAUAAUAGGGCUAAUAACAUUUGCAACACUCAACACAUGUGAGUCAGGGCUGAAGACGUUUGAAUGAAUAAUUGACUGACUGGACAAUGUGGAACUGAAAUAUGGCGGACGUAACUUUCAUUGUUUUCUAAUCCAUGACACGAUUGUGAAUCUUGUUCAAUGAAAAUGGUGGUAAAAUGAAAUGAGCAUCUGAAAUUGGAAAAAAACUGGAGACAUCAGAAAUAUGUGAUUCAGUGUACACUUGAAGACUCUGUGAGUAUGUGGUGUGAGAGAGAGAGUGUGUGUGUGAGAGAGAGAGAGAGAGUGUGAGAGAGAGAGUGUGAGAGAGAGAGAGAGAGAGAGAGAGAGAGAGAGAGAGAGAGAGAGAGAGAGAGA